AUGGAGAAGGCCUCGCCUGCCUCGAGCGCGCUGCCUCGUCCGGCACUGGCACGCCGCGCCUCGGUCGCCUCCUCCGGCGCCUCGCGCCUCGCGCGCCGGCUGCGUGCGCUGCUGCCGCUCCUCGGCGCACUCGGCCUGCUCUGCCUUCUGCUGCCUCACGUGCCUCCGCACCUCUCGCCCCUCACGCACCACCGGCACGGCAAGCACACCUCCAAGCUCAACGUCAUCCUCAUGAUCUCCGACGGCUACGGGCCCGCCUCCGAGACGCUCGGACGCGCCGCCCUCUCGCUCCUCGAGCACGCCCACACCACGCACAACAUUCUCCCCCACACGCCCCUCGACCGGCUGCUCGUCGGCUCCCAUCGCUCCGCCAGCGCAGACAGCCUCAUCACCGACAGUGCCGCCGGCGCCACGGCCUUUGCGUGCGGCGCCAAGAGCUACAACGGCGCCAUUGGCGUCGAUGCAGAGGGACGCGCGUGCGGCACCGUCUUUGAGGCGGCCAAGCUCAAGGGCUGGAGCACGGGCGUGGUGGUGACGAGCCGGCUGACGGAUGCUACACCCGGCGCCUUCAUCUCGCACGUCGCCUCGCGCGCACAGGAGCCGCUCAUUGCGCUGCACUCGCUCGGGCACGAUGCCGCCGCCGUCAACGUCAGUGUCGAUCUGGGCCCGGGCACCGCACCCUUGACGGCGCCGCUCGAUCUGGCAAUCGGCGGCGGCGGCUGUCUGUACCUGCCUCGCGCGCACGCGCAGAGCUGCCGCAGCGACGAUGCCGACCUCGUCGCGCUCGCGCAGCGCCAAGGCUGGGACGUCCGCUUCGGCAAGGCAUUCAACGUCUCUUCCGAGCUGGCCGUCGCGGCGCAUGCAGAGAAGGCCUCGCAGCAGGCAAUGCCCCACCUCGACUCCCUCUCGACGACGAGCCUCAACGACGAUCUCUUCGCACACGCAAAGACUCCACUCCUCACGCUCCUCUCGCCCAGCAACACGCCCUACGAGAUCGACCGCCUCUCCCUGCCUUCUUCUCUGCGCGCCGCAUUCCCGCCUCUCAAGUCCCUCGCACUCUCGGCGCUGCGCCUGCUCAGCGAGAGCAAGAGCAACAAGAAGGGACUGCUCCUCAUGAUCGAAGGCUCGCAGAUCGAUCUGGGAGGACACAUGAAUGAUCCGGCGACGCAUGUGCGGGAGAUUGUCGCGUAUCAAGAGGCGAUUCAGGCGGUGAGGGAGUGGGUGGACGCGGCCAACAAGCGGGGAGAGAGGAGCGUGUUGAUCAGCACUAGCGACCACGAGACUGGCGGCUUGACGCUCGGUCGGCAGUUGAGCGCCGCGUAUCCCAACUACGCCUACCACCCCUCCGUGCUUCUGCGUCCCACCGCCUCCGCCAGUGCCCUCUCUGCGCAGCUCAUCGCCUUUGCUCGCGCCGUGCCGCGUCCCUCUGCGGCCGACGUGCGUGCCUUCAUUGCGCGCGAGACGCUCGGCAAGGGCGCCGGCUUCGUCGGCGAUGCGCCGCACGGCGGCGCCGCGACGCACGAGGAGGUGGAGCGCGUGCUGCAGUCGAUCAAGGAGACGACGCCCGACGGAGGAGAGCACGCGAGCGCAAGCUUCGUGCCGCCCAUCAACACGGCCGACGAGGCGCGAAAGGUGAUUGCGGACUGCAUCAGUCGACGCGCGGAGGUGGGAUGGAGCACCACGGGCCACACGGGCGUCGACAUUCCGGUGCAUGCGCAUGGCCAUCGCAGCGACGAGCUGCGCGGCAACAUCGAGAACAUCGACAUCGGAGCAUUCAUCGCCCGCACCCUCGGCCUGGAUCUCAAGGCGACGACGGAGGCGCUGCGCAAGCACUAG